CUACAGUGAAUGUCUGCUUCUUCUUUAUCGUCACGUCGUGUGGGCAGCUGCUGCGGAGCGCGCUGCUAGCAAAUAAGAAUUGAAAAACCGCAUUAAAAUUGUGAAAAGUGCACAAAUUAAGUUAAAAGUAAGCUUAUAUAUAAGGUGUAAAUUCAAUUUGUUAUAAAAUUUGCAUAAAAUACACAGCGCAAACGGCAGUAAAAAAGUUUAACUACAGCAACAACAACAACAGGAAAAGCAACAACAGCAGUCAGUGUGCAAGUGGAUACCUCUCAAUGGCUGCCACUACAACAACAACUACACUAUUAGCAACAACCAUCAAUAUAAGCAACAACAACAAUAACAACGGCAGCAGCAAUAAUAGCAAUAUCCAUAGCAAUCCCAGCAGCAUACACAGCAACAACAACAAUCACAUUGUAACGGUACACACCGUUUUGAACACACCCACCUCCGCAGCAGCAGCGAGCUCUGCAGACGCGGCAACUGUUGCCGCAGCUAAGGACAUGCUGCAGCUUCAUCAUGGCGCCGCUGCAGCGUUAAAUAACAAUAACAAUAAUAAUACCAAUAAUAAUAGCAGCGCCGAAUUGUCUAACAAUAAUCAAAAUAGUAACAAUAAUAACAACAACUCAGCAAACCACCCACCUGCCCAUGUAGUCGUAUCCUCAAGUUCCCCGCCGGCGAAUGCGUAUGGUGUAUUGCGCUUUAAUGAGGAUCUGCUCCAUAUAACGGACGAAGUGACCGUCAUUGGACGCAAUUCAUCCACAUCGCUGGUGCACUUUAACGUAGCCGAGAACAAUUUGGUCUCUCGCAAACAUUUCCAGGUGCUCUACGACCAAGAGCACCGCGCCUUCUUUGUGCAGUGCCUCAGCAAGAAUGGUAUAUUCGUUGAUGACUUUCUGCAGCGACGCAAUGUGGAUCCACUUCGACUGCCUCAACGCUGUUUCUUUCGAUUUCCGAGCACCGAGAUACGCAUUGAGUUCGAGAGUUUCGUAUCUGCGCCUGCGGACAUUGCCUCGGAUGUGACUCCAGUGUUGAGCAGUCCUCCAGUAGCAGGUACAGCAGGUGCUCAUGUUAUUAUAACACCGCCUCCACGCGAUGAGCUGCAUUCGAUGCAGACGUCGCAUCAUCACAGCCAACAGCAACAACCAGCGCAUCACUUGCAGCAGCCGCAGCAGCAGCAGCAACAACAACAGCAACAACAGCUGCCGCCACACCCCCCACUCCCAAACACACCACACCACCCGCUUCACCACACAUCCCUGCAGCAACAGCAGCAGCCGCGGCUGCCUGGAGCACAGCCUGCAGCAUCACAGCUGUUAACCACCGGAGGCGAUGGAGCUGCCAUCUAUGCACCGCUCAAAAUUUCAAUACCCAAAAAGGAGCAAAAGAGUCCCUAUCUGUCACCAACUGGUACAAUAAGCGCUGCCAACAGUUGUCCUGCUAGUCCUCGCCAGGGUUUUCAUCAGAACCAGGCCAAUAGCUAUAACAAUUAUAGCAACAACAAUACGCAGGAAUUAUUCCAGACGCCGUCGACAGCCAGUUACAAUCACAAUGAGAAGCCGCCGUAUAGUUACGCUCAGUUGAUUGUCCAAGCCAUUUCUGCUGCUCCAGACAAGCAGCUGACACUCUCUGGCAUUUAUUCGUUUAUUGUCAAGCAUUAUCCCUACUACCGCAAGGAGACCAACAAGGGUUGGCAAAAUUCCAUACGUCAUAAUCUCAGUUUAAAUAGGUAUUUCAUCAAGGUGGCGCGCUCGCAAGAUGAGCCAGGCAAAGGCUCCUUCUGGCGCAUCGAUCCGGAUAGCGGCGCCAAGCUGAUCGAUCACAGUUACAAGAAACGUCGCCAGCGCAGCAGUCAGGGCUUCCGUCCGCCCUAUGGCAUGCCACGCUCGGCGCCCGUCUCGCCCAGUCAUAUGGAUAACUCACGCGAGAGCUCGCCAUUGCAGGAUAUUGUGCUGCAAUCAGCCCCUGGCUCACCGGGCAUGUCGCUCGAACAGCGCGCCGCCGAUGCAGAAAUAAUCUACAACUCUCAAACAGCGCACCAGCAGCAACAACAACAGCAGCAGCAACAACAACAACAGCCGCCACAGACAUUGGCAAACAAUUCCAAUCAAUUCAACAGCGGCAGUCCGUACUAUGUAACUAAUCAAAAUGCCAGCGUCACUGUACAGCAAGCGCAUGUGGACGGUGGUGGCGGUGCCGGUGGCGUGGGCGCUUUGAUUGCGCUCAAGCGAAAUCACGUAAUGGCCGUGUCGCAUCCGGCGCAGCCAACGCAACUGCAUCAGCAGCAGCAACAGCAACAGCAUCCUGAGAUUAUUUACGAAGAGCUGCCAACCGAUUAUAGUGGUCACAUGGAGGCGGGCGAAGAGGAGUGUGUCACUGCCGAUGCCACAGCGGCCAAGCGUCCCAAAUACGUCUCCGAGGUGCUCUGAUGCGUACGCAUACAGAACCAGAAACAAAACAAAGGCAAAUAGUAGUUCGCAGAGAAACAAUCGUAGCUGUUUAAGCUGCGCAUGCAAAUGUAUCUGCGACGGAGAGCGAUGACGAAACUCAGAAACGUUAGGAAGCAAGCUGAAUGCAACAACAAAGCCCACUUUACAAACAAAAGCAAAAGCAAAACAACACAAAAUUAAAAAACAAAACAAGAAAAAAAAGGAAGAAAGAAAGGAAAUAGUAUCUCCAUCUUGUAUAUUGAAUUUGCCAAACCCAAAUAGCAAAGCAAAACCCAGGCGGAAGCAAAGAAAAACAACACAACAAAAUU